AUGAAAUAUUUGAAAAAGACAAGAAAGUCGGCCCGUUACAGCUGCACGGCUAUUCGUACCAAAGUGAAAAGAAGAGCACACUGGCUCCAGAAAAUAAAAUCGAGCUUGAAACACAAAGAAUAUGACUUAAAUAAACCAAAAGAAAGCAGGAUGUUUAAUAGCAAAAAAACAAAGAUAUUAUCGUCCUUUCACAGUAAAUGCCAAUUUAACAUCAGAAAGAUUAUCUUCUUUAAAAAUCGCUAUAAUAAACAAACGGCUUCUUUUGUUUCCAAAACCAAAGGCGAUCACUCGACCAAAAGGAAAGACUCAUUCCCAGAUCAGUAUAUAACUAUCAAGAAACCAAAAAGAUCUCAUGCACACCCAGACUCCGUGAAUCCUCUUACUUCAAACAUUCUCAACAUAUCCGGUCAUCAGAUCAUUUUUUUACCUAAAUUUGAAACCUGUAAUGAUUAUUCGGAGAUACUGACAAAACUUCAAAUGCCACACUUAAACGGUUUACCAAAUUUGAAACGCAAUGAACUCAGUUCUUGCCGUUUGGAAUUCGAGCAAAACAUUGAACUGUUUAAGAAAAACUGUGAUUUGAUUCGAGGAUUUAAAAAGAAAAAGAAAGAGGACUGUUAUCAUCAAAUCAAAGAAAUGCAGAGAGAGGCAGACAAAAUUCCAAGUGUCGAUGCAAAUAAAUUUUUUGAUUCCCUCAAAGAUUAUCUGCAGAUGCAUGAACGUAAACAAUAUGCAUUGGCCAUUUUUUUCAUGAAACGCAGUAAGACCGUCUUUGUUUCACCGGAAUUUGAGGUAGAUUAUGAAAAUGACACACAUACUGAGCCACUUUUAUGUCAAGAGGUUGAAAUUAUUUUGCAACAGCUUGGAACCUUUGUGGAGAGCAUUCUGGUUUAUACGCUCAAUAGUCCUUGCCUGAACUGUAUGUCUGUACUCAGUAAAGAAGCGUAUUCUUGGCACAGAGAAUAUGGAAUUUCAACAACUGUAGGAUUCACACAAUUUUGGGGAUUGAGUGGUCAAGACUUUUUUCAAAAUAUUACCUGCUCAUAUACCAACAUGUUGGAUCCAAAGAGCGUUUUUCAUGAAAGUACUGACAAAUGCAAGAGCAAUCCCUUCAAAUUGAAGUCUUUCACGGUCAACAGUAAAAUCUUCCAAAAUAUCAGGAAACUUAUUAAAAAAGAAGAAAAACACAGCUGCCGUAAGAAAAUUGAAUUUUACGUGUCUGUGCUGAAAACACUGGCAAAAAUUUCCUUUUGUUCACGUGAAACACAUUUACAGUGUGGUGAAAACACAAUUUAUUCUUUCGUAUUUCCCCAAAAGAUCCAAAAUGAAUGUAGACACAGUCUUUUAGACGAUUGGUCAGCACUUGUGAAUGACUGUGCCAAAUCAAAUGUUAUAAAACAAAUAACCAAGGAUUUUAAUGUUGCGGUAGUUGAAGUUAUUUACCAAAAUCUGAAGUCCUCUUGUGGGAACAAUAGUCCUUUAAAGCUUUGCCAUAUUCCUCUGAAUCAUUUAGAUUGGGAGGCAUAUUAA